AAGUAUCCAGAAGUUGAAUGUCAGUGGUAAAGUGCUAAUAUGGGGAACUUCACCACCUUUUUGUGGCUUUUUUUAAAUUUGUUACUUGUUACACGUGGCUUUCCUGCCGAUUUACUGUACGAUUACGAAAAUAUAGGUAGUUUUCUAAAUAGUGCCGAUGAAGUAUCGAGUUCCGAAAUAAAACUUAAAGUGCCUAUUGUGUUUUAUGGGCAGGUGUAUUCUUCAAUAUUUGUCAAUUCAAAUGGGCUGCUAUCGUUUCAAACAGAUAUUCCCACUUUUUUUAACAUCGAAUUCCCUUUGGACUAUCCGGUCAUCGCGCCUCUAUACUCCAACGUUGACAUCAGUAAAACGGGAACUAUUUCGUAUUAUGAAACUAGCAAUGCGGAUCUAAUUGCCAGAGCUUCAAGAAACGUGCACAAAGCGUUUUCGUACUCUGGAGAUUUUCUGGCGACCAGUUUGUUUGUUGCUACUUGGUCGCGUGUAGGAUAUCACAGAAAUGGUACCGAUAAACUGAACACUUUUCAAGUUGUAAUUAUUUCGGAUGGCGAUGACUCCUUCGUAGAGUUUUUGUAUCCGGAAAAUGGCAUUCAAUGGAUUCAAGGAACUGGAGCGGACAGUGGUUUACCCGAUGCGCGUGCUCAGGCCGGAUUUAUUGGUGCUGACGACAGAUUCUAUGUACUUCAUGGAUCUGGUACAGAUCAAAUAAAAAAUAUAGAAAGAUGGUCUAACACCGACGUGCCCGGUCAGUGGAUCUAUAGGGUUGGUAGAAUAGACAGUGAUGCAAAUAUCGAAGAACCGGAUACUUAUAAUAACGUGGUUGACAACACCGUGCCCAAAUCUUGUGAAAAAGGUGCCAGUCAGUGUCACGGAUUUGCGAAAUGUAUAGACCAUGCCGAAGGCUUUUGUUGCUCGUGUCGGGAAUUAUACUAUGGAAAUGGCAAAUUUUGUGUUAAAAAAGAUGCUCCAAUUCGAGUGAAUGGAAAAGUGAAUGGAGAAAUUAACGGAGAAAAAUUGAGCAACUUAGAUCUUCAGUCCUACAUCGUAAUGGUAGAUGGAAGAGCGUACACAGCAAUAUCGAAAAUUCCCGAACCGAUAGCGCACAGCUUUCAAUCGCUGUACACCGUUGGAGGAUUACUAGGUUGGGUAUUUGCAAAACCUGUUGCAGACUCAGUCAAUGGUUUUCAACUGACUGGAGGUGUUUUCAAUCAGACCGCAACAAUCAUUUUCAAAAAUACUAACCAUAAAGUAACCAUUAAGCAGAAAGGUUUAGGACUGGACGUGUACGAUCAGUUACGUUUAGAUAUUGAGCUGCAGGGCGAUAUACCUCAGCUGUUGCCGGAGGCGAAAGUUAAUAUGGACGAUUACGAAGAACAGUUUACCCUAACUGGGCCCGGUAUACUACAGUCGUCAUCCGCAAAGAGUUUCACGUACAACAAUUUGGAAGGAAAUUCGGUUACUAUUGAAUUUUCUUUGGAUCAAUCUGUUAUUUUUGACUAUUGCAAAUACAGCGCGGUUCCUGUAGGUACAACGUGGAGAGUCAAAAGUUCAAAAAAUUUUAUCAGUUAUGAGUCCAAGGAGCAGCUUGCUAGAUUUGGUCUGAGCAGUAAAGUGAGUCCUGUUGGCGACUUUGAUCCAUGUGCGGAGGGGAAAGCAGUGUGUGGCACCAACAGCGCAUGCGUGGUAGAAAAUGACUCGUUCAUAUGCGCUUGUCACCCCGGAUUCGAAUAUAUUUACAAAGAAAACGGAGAGGCUGUAUGCGAAGACGUCAAUGAAUGCCAAAAAGGUUUAAAUGAGUGUGAUUACAAUGCGCAAUGUGUCAAUCAAGUCGGUAGUUAUUCUUGCACCUGUAACCCCGGAUUUGAGGGUAACGGUUACUAUUGUGAAAAUGCGCAGAAUUGCAGAAACGUACGAUGCCCUGAAAACUCGGAAUGCGUAGACAACGGUGUCGCAUACUGUCAGUGUUUGCCUGGAUUCACCGGAAAUGGCCAAGUGUGCGUACCGAUUAUCAAUCGCAGUUGCCACAUUGCAAAUAAUUGUUCACCGUAUGGAUAUUGUGCAAUAGAUCAACUCACGAACAGCUACUACUGUCAAUGUCUACCGGAUUACAUCGGCGAUGGGUAUUACUGCGAACCUGACUCUGCAUUACGCCCUACUACAAUACAAACAUAUACCGAAGAACCUGUAACAGCACACUGCCAGUUUGGUUCGUGUAGGUGUCCUCACGGUUACGAAAGGCAAGGAGAAUACUGUGUAUUAGCUGUGGAAAAAGAGACAACCACCAACGAGAUUACUACUCCGGAGAUAGAAACCGAAACGGAACCAUUUUCUUGCAACGUGCUCAACAAUUGCCACAGAAACGCCCAGUGCGUCUUCGAAUUAAGUACGAACAACCAUCAGUGCAUCUGUAACAUUGGAUUUGAUGGGGAUGGUUAUUACUGCGUUGAAACCGAGGUACCCUGUACUACAGAGAUUGAUUGCGAUCCGCAUGCGACAUGUAUCUACGAGGAUCAUCUGAAGAAGUCAAUUUGUGUAUGUAACGUUGGAUAUCGAGGAAAUGGGGGUCAGUGUAGUAAAGGAGGAUGUAUCUCCCAUGAUCAAUGUCCACUGAAUGAGCAGUGUGCGUAUUCAAGUUCUAUCGGAGCAUACGAGUGCAUAUGUAAGGAAGGACUAGAUCGCGAUUCCCAACAACAGUGUGUACGCAUAGAAGGAACCUGUGGAGGCGGUAUUUGCGUAGAGCACGCUGAAUGUUUCAAUGACGAACUUCAACACAUCAGCUACUGUAGAUGCAAAGCAGAAUAUGAAGGGGAUGGAAUCACAGAGUGUAGGCCAAAACCUAUACCGUGUAAUGUUGUAAAUAAUUGUGAUCCCCAAGCGCGCUGCUUGUAUCACCAAGAAACUGGGCACUAUCGGUGUGUGUGCAAUGAUGGAUUCAAUGGCGAUGGAAUGUUUUGCUAUUUAGAGCGCAACUGUCACAAUGAUCCAUACAUGUGCCACGCUCGGGCAAUGUGUGUAAAAAAUGCCGAACUCAAAUACACUUGUGAAUGCCAGCCCGGUUACACGGGUAAUGGUACGAUAUGCAAGGAAUCUCCAAGACCAGAAGGCAACUUCCUGUUCCUUAAUCAAGGAAAAGCUACGUUACGCAUACCGUUUGAUAAUGCUCAGUCUGCAAAAUUAACACAUAUUAAUGCAAUGCAAACUGCCGUUGGAUUGGACAUUGACUGCUUAGUAGGCAGAGUAUAUUGGAGUGAUAUUAUUGGAGGAGUUAUAAAAAGUUCAACUUACAAUGGCAGUGCGGUUUUGGAUUUCGUUGUGGAUGAUGUUGGAUCACCUGAAGGUAUAAGUAUCGAUUGGGUGUCUAGAAAUGUCUACUGGACUGAUUCGACUAAAGACACCAUCGAAGUAGCCAAUAUCGAGACAAAAUUAAGAACCACUCUAUUUAAAACUGGCUUAGUUAAUCCACGUGGAAUUGCAGUACAUCCCCAGAGAGGAAAAAUCUUUUGGAGCGACUGGGACAGGGAUGAUCCAAAAAUUGAGUGGGCGAAUGCAGACGGUACCGGGCGUGAAAUAUUUUUAAAAAGUGACAGUGUGAAGCUACCAAACUCAUUGGUUAUCGAUUUUGAUACCGAACGUAUCUGUUACGCGGAUGCGGGUACGAAGAAGAUUAUGUGUCUCGAUAUUGACUCCAAGUAUGCGCACACUAUUGCAGAAAACUGCACCUAUCCAUUUGGAAUAACAGUCACAGAUGAAAUCAUUUAUUGGUCGGAUUGGAUUUCGAAAAAAAUUGAACGCGUAAACAAACACACACUGGAACGUUUGAAACCGCUAAAUGUGCCCCUUGCUGGUACCAACAAAUUGUACGGGUUAGUGGCCGUCCCUCAACAUUGCUUGGGGUUAGUCAACGUGUGCCAAUACUACAAGAGUCAGUGUCCGGUCAAUCACAUAUGUUUACCAGAUGGCAAAGGGAGUCGCAGAUGUGUGUGUGGAUACGACAUAAGUUCCCCAUCCAGUAAACCUCCUUGUAUUCCGUAACUUUGUCGUUUAUAUUUUAUCACCAUUCAUCAUUCAUUUGUAGAAAUAAAGCAAAACGUGUUUAUUUACUAA